AAAAAAACAGAAAAAAAAAAAGAAAAUAAAAAUAAACACCCUGGUGGAAUCACUCUACGAAAAUGCAACGCAAUGAAAUCAGAAGACUGAGAGAGAGAAAAGAAAAACCUGGGUGUGUCCCUGCUUGGAUUAUAGGGGGGGAAAGGAUUAAAAAAAGUAUAUGAAAAAGAAAAACCCAAGCGACCAAGUUGGGAGGGGAGUAACCAUUUAGAAAAAGCCUAUGGAGUUCCUCCAGGCCGCCUUCCAGGCCACUGUACUCUUCCGCUCCCAGAAGCCCCGUGUGGCGGAAGUCGUCACUCAGCAGAGACAGAGCCCACGCCGCGCAUCCUGCACUAGGCUCGCCAUGGCAAUGGCCUGCGGCGGCGGCGGAGGCGGCAUCCCGGAGGAGGACUCGGUGCUGUUCCGGCGUGGUACUGGCCAGAGUGAUGAUUCUGACAUUUGGGAUGAUACAGCAUUGAUAAAAGCUUAUGAUAAAGCCGUGGCUUCAUUUAAGCAUGCUCUAAAGAACGGUGACAUUUGUGAAACUUCAGAUAAACCAAAAGGCGCACCUAAAAGAAAACCUGCUAAGAAGAAUAAAAGCCAAAAAAAGAAUACUGCAACAUCCUUGAAACAGUGGAAAGUUGGUGACAAAUGUUCUGCCAUUUGGUCAGAAGAUGGUUGCAUUUACCCAGCUACCAUUGCUUCAGUUGAUUUUAAGAGAGAAACCUGUGUUGUGGUUUACACUGGAUAUGGAAAUAGAGAGGAGCAAAAUCUGUCUGAUCUUCUUUCCCCAAUGUCUGAAGUAGCUAAUAACAUAGAACGGAAGGCUCAAGAGAAUGAAAAUGAAAGUCAAGUUUCAACAGAUGAAAGUGAGAGCUCCAGGUCUCCUGGAAAUAAGCCAGAUAACAUCAAGGCAAAAGCUACUCCAUGGAACUCUUUUCUCCCUCCACCUCCCCCCAUGCCUGGGUCAGGCCUGGGUCUAGGAAAGGUUUAAAAUUCAAUGGCCCACCACCACCACCACCACCACCACCACCUCCCCACUUCCUGUCAUGCUGGCUGCCUCCACUUCCUUCUGGACCACCAGUGAGUACAAAGGAAUUCAGAUUAAACUUUG